GGACCGGGUCGGGGUAGGUGCUCGACUGCUUGUGUCCCUCUGCGUACAGAUCUAAAGCAGGCACCGUAACUAAGAAACUCGCCGGAAGCGCGUCACCGAUCACGCGCAAUCAUAUCUUGCUUCAAAUCUGCUUCUCCUCUGCCAUUAGUAUAUCUUCCCCUUCUCUUCUCUUCUCUGUAGAGGCCUCUACAAUGCUAGAAUAUGCCUCAAUAUAGACAAUCCGGAACCGAUAGAUUCAGCGUUCGCGGAGGCUCAGCGUCUGAUCACGUAGCGAUCGGGAUCCGAAACGGUGUCGGAGGAGGAGCGACUCAGCAUCACGGGAAGACUAACCGUUGGAGGCGAUCCGUUCGACCUGAGAGGAUUCGUCGCCUUGGAAUCGGCACUGCUGUCUUCGUUCUCUGCCUUGUGCUCGUCGUCACUGUGCUAGCCUACUAUUACAUCUCUGGUUUCGCUAAUAAUGACUACGAUGAUAAUAAAGGAUUGGAUUCUUUCGAGGGUGAUUUCCUGACGAAUGUGACGAGAAUCGAGCCUGGGAAGGUGCUUGAGUUUGGUCACGGUUCAGUGGUUCAUGGACGAGACUCGAGGUAUUGGGAUAAGGAUGAUAGACGAAGGGAUGAUGACUACAAUGAAGAUGAAGUGGAGGAGCAUAAUAAACCUAAGGUUCCUGUCAAGGGUUUAGAUUCGAAAGGGAUGAUUGGUUUCUACAAUGAGGCUGGAAGGAACGAGUUAGACAAGUAUGAAGCAGAGUACCAAGCUUCCCUUGUCAAAGGUGUUGUUGGUGGAGGAGAUCACGAGGCUGUUGCUGUUGAUAUGGACCCUGAUGCUGAUGAUGCGAUUGAUUCUCAUGAUAGUCAAGGGGAUGAAUACGUUGAUUCUGGCCAUGACGAUGAUGAUAAUGACAAUGAAAAGCCCCACAAGGAGAAAUCUACCGAGGGAGAUACUUCAAAGAGAGAGUCUUCUCUUGUUGGGAAGGGUGGUAGUAAGUCCGGGAAAACAUCACGAUCUGAUACAAAACGAAGAGGUCGUGGUCGCAGAUCUUCAGCUUGUGAGAUGAAGCUAUUGAAUUCUAGUCAACCAAUUGUGGAGCCCUUGAAUACUCGGAAAUCUGCUAGAUUCUCCUUACAGUACGUAGAGAAUGAAGAUAAACCUGAUGGAGACGAACAGUGGGUGCCUAGGUUUGCUGGUCACCAGAGUUUACAGGAGCGUGAAGAUUCCUUCUUGGCUCAAGACAAGAAAAUUCAUUGUGGGUUUGUCAAAGCUCCCAAAGGAUCUCCAACCACUGGGUUUGAUCUGACGGAAGAUGAUACUAAUUAUAUCAGUAGAUGCCACAUCGCUGUCAUCUCAUGCAUAUUUGGCAAUUCUGAUCGCUUGAGGCCUCCUGCCAAUAAAAUGAUAAGUCGGUUGUCGAGAAAAAAUGUGUGCUUCAUUGUGUUCGUGGACGAGAUUACCAUGCAAACACUUUCUGCAGAAGGCCAUGCCCCAGACAGAGCAGGAUUCAUUGGUUUGUGGAAGUUGGUUGUUGUAAAGAAUCUGCCUUAUACAGAUAUGAGGAGGGUUGGCAAAAUACCAAAACUGUUGCCACACCGACUUUUCCCAUCAGCAAGGUACUCAAUCUGGCUGGACAGUAAGUUACGACUUCAGUUGGAUCCCCUACUCAUUCUGGAGUACUUCCUAUGGCGUAAAGGUCACGAGUAUGCCAUAUCAAAUCACUAUGACCGCCAUUGCUUAUGGGAAGAGGUUGCACAAAACAAGAAGCUGAACAAGUACAACCAUACUGUUAUUGAUCAACAGUUUGAGUUUUACAAGGCUGACGGGCUGACCAGAUUCAACGCUUCGGAUCCAUUCAAGCUUCUUCCUAGCAAUGUUCCAGAGGGGUCUUUUAUAGUAAGGGCACAUACUCCUAUGUCGAACCUAUUCUCAUGUCUUUGGUUCAACGAAGUGGAACGCUUCACUCCCCGUGACCAGCUGAGCUUUGCUUAUACUUACCAGAAACUAAGACGGAUGAAUCCUGACAAACCAUUUAAUCUUCACAUGUUCAAGGACUGCGAGAGAAGAAAGAUUGCGAAAUUGUUCCGUCACAGAUCAGAGGAGAAGCGAAACCUUAUACAAGCAGCACUACAACAAUAGAUGACCUGAGCUCCUUUUUUUUUCUUUUUAAUAUAUUACCUGUUGGGGUCAGUCUCUACUCCUAUAUUCACAGUGUCACUUGGAGAAAAGCUCUUUCGCAGUUCCUUUUUUGAAAAGCUCUUUGCUCCGAUGACUCUUAAGACUGCUUAAGUUGGAUCGAGUCUGUUGCUUGUGGCAAGAACCAGAGAAGGUAUACCAAAACAGUGUGAUGUGAUUUGUAGAGAGAUGUAGAAGAGUACUUGGAAAGAAGAAGAGGCUUUGAUUAAGAUUCUUGAGGGUCCUCGGUUUUUAUUCAAUUCAUUGCUUUGUUUUUGUCUGUGCCACUAUCAUAUCAUUCUCCAGGGUCCCCUUUCAAAGAUACUUGCAUUGAUUACAUUUUACUUUUUUGAGCCAAAGCAUAAACAAGAUAUGCUGAUAUUUCAUA